AUGUCGGUCACGGCAUCACAUCGGUGCUCCAACGUAGUUAGCAACCCUGACUCGUCCCCAGUCGUCUUCAUACAGGAGUGCUACAGCGCAGGGAGAGAUGGAUUAACCCACGGAGCUGAUGUUGGCAGCCAUUCAUGUAUGAGAAACACAUGGUGUUCUUCUACAAACUUCGAGCAGCUAACUGGGCGUGGAGAUAAAGGAACUUGUGAACUAAACAAGCACGAUAUCUCGACUGUCAACGAAGACAGCAACUUCCAAGAUCAACAUGGCAGUACCUUCUCUUUGCAUCUCAAGCUCGUACAUACGUGCCAUUUUGUUUCAGAAACUAAGUUCCACUUCACUACACUUAACACUACUGGCAAGAAAGGUCCAACAUCAAAUACCGGGUACAAAGGCUCCUCCCUUGAAAAUGUAAACGUGACAAAUGGUCUGCAACAGUGGAGUGCACCCUUAACUGGCUACUACCACGUUGACAUGAGCGGUGCCUCAGGCGGUGGAUCAUACGGGGGUAAAGGGGCGAGGGUAAAUGGUACAGUCCAUCUUCAGGAGGGAACCAAACUCACCGUGUUUGUGGGCCACCAAGUUACUGAACAGCACUAUCCAAUCUUUGCAGGUAGUGGUGGUGGAGGAUCUUCUGUGUUUUUUUCUUCCAACAGUACCCCUCUCAGUAUUGCAGGAGGGGUGGAGGGCAGCCAUAUGAGGCCUAUAAAAGCUUUCCACUUCACUACACUUAACACUACUGGCAAGAAAGGUCCAACAUCAAAUACCGGGUACAAAGGCUCCUCCCUUGAAAAUGUAAACGUGACAAAUGGUCUGCAACAGUGGAGUGCACCCUUAACUGGCUACUACCACGUUGACAUGAGCGGUGCCUCAGGCGGUGGAUCAUACGGGGGUAAAGGGGCGAGGUGGUGGUGGAGGAUCUUCUGUGUUUUUUUCUUCCAACAGUACCCCUCUCAGUAUUGCAGGAGGGGUGGAGGGCAGCCAUAUGAGGCCUAUAAAAGCUUAAGAGACGGUGGACCAGGACUAGCUGAAGAAGCUGAAGGAUUGAUGCUUGGCAUUGUUGGACAGGGUGGCCGGCUGAUUUGUGUGGAACCAUGUGUCUGGAGGGAAAUAGUUGGAGCAAGCAGUGGCGGAGGAUUCCGUGGUGAUGGUGAAUGCUUCAAUCAAAGUAAAAAAUGUAAAAUCACGGGUUGGGGUGCUGGCGAAUCAUUUCUAAACGGUGGAAGAGGUAGAACUCAAUUUUAUUAUCUCUGCUGUGAUGGCGGGUUUGGCGGAGGUGGAGCAUCAUCUUUUUUUCUACCAGGGGGAGGGGGAGGAUACUCUGGAGGAAGUGUUAACGGAAGCUUUGCGGACAUCUUCAUAUCAGGCGGUGGCGGUUCGUUUGUUCCUGGUGAAAUGCAGACAGGAGCAUGCGUCAAAGGGGAUGGUUACGUCACAUUUCGCUUCUUAGGUUAAGACAGCCCUUGAACCCUUCAUAGACUUUCAUGGAUUUAGAAUCGAGACAUAAAUAACAAGUAGUGUCAGUUAUGACAGAAUAACAUUGGCAUAAUUAAAGAUUGAGAACAGAACCUGUAUUUUAAGCUUAGCUGGAAGUAAAAUAAGUGCCAGUUAAAUAUAUUAUAAAAUUCACUUCUUGUGUGUUUGUGUUUUGUUUUACACUUGAAUAAAAGCUAUAACGCAGUUGAGUCCCCAUGCAUAACUGGCAACCUAGAGCAGAAUUAACUGACCGUUCGCCUAUAAGAGUAAAGUGUAUGCUCAUCGGUGUACAAUCGGCACUAAAACCCUGGCGUUGUAAAGAGCAAAUGGAUAACACAGUUUCAAUUUACUCAAUCUUGUUCCCAGAGGCGGCGAGCCUCUUGGUCACAGCAAAUCGAGAUCAGAGGAUGAGCCAGCAUUAGUUACAGCGAGUACGCUCUGUGCGCAUGUUCAUAUAUCUUAUUAGAUGUUUUGGUGUGUAGUAUCGCUGUAUAUUUUUACGAGU